AUGGACUCCUGCUCCGACAUCUGCCAGCUCAUCACCACCGCGCCGAGCCUCUCGUUCAUAUCCCUCGCCGACAACCUCUUCUCCCUGCGGUCCGUCGGCUACUUCAUGACAGCUGUCAUGGAUCGGCAGCACACGAAGAAGCUGACGCCCCUGGACCUGCUGGACCUGCAGGGCAACGAGGGCCUUGUCGCCGCCGUGGUCGCUCCCAUCCCCGAGGGGCUGCUCAAGCAGGUCAAGAUGGCGCUCAGCCGCGGGCCGGGCACCCUGCCGUCCAAAGGGGCCGAGCUCAUCGCGCAGGUGAUGCGGGCGCUGUGGCGCUUCCUGCACGACACCUCGCAUCCGCAGGUGCGAGACACCUCCCCGGACGAGGUCGCGUUCCAGGUGAUGGACAAGGUAACCGUCCGGAAAAUGGAGAACGCCCUCAUGAAGAUCCUGCUCCUCGGCGCCGACGGCGACCCGAAUCAGGACACGAUUGACACGGCGCGGCCCGUGACCGCGAACUUCGCUUUCAUCCCGCUUCUCGAAGGGGAGGCGCGCCAGGGCGGCAUGGGCGAGUCCAAGAGCGCGGCGGUGCUCCCCGUUGCGGCGGAGGAGAGCAGAGCUCCUCGCUGCCGAGGCGCGGCGGGGCGCAGUCGCAGACCACGCUCGUGCGCCAGCAGCAGGUGCAGCAGCAGCGGCCAGCGAGGACGCAGCCCUCGGACCCCUUUGCGGACCUCAAGCAGGCGUUCGAGCCGCCGCGCGAGAAGCUGA